AUGGGUAUCGGUAUGCUUUAUAUGCCCGAGUCGCCUCGCUUCCUCAUGCACAAGGGAAAGCCUGUAGAAGCCUUCAAGGUCUGGAAGCGCAUUCGUGGUAUCGAGACUCUGGACUCUCGCGAGGAAUUCUACGUCAUGAAGAUGUCCCAGGAACAGGAAGACGAGGAAGUCGCCAAUGGUCGUGGAAACGCAAAGUACCCCUGGAUGGAUCUCUUCACAGAGCCUCGCGCUCGCCGCGCAUUUGUUUAUGCCAACAUUAUGAUUGCUCUCGGACAGCUGACCGGUAAGCCGAAUGGAAAACAGGCAAUUGCAAACAAUGCUAACUCUGCUUUUCUUANNGGUAUUAACGCCAUCACAUACUUUAUGAGUACUCUGAUGCAGCGUCUCGGUUUCAACGAUCUCCAAGCCAACUACAUGUCCCUGGUUGGCGGUGGUUCGCUUCUUAUCGGUACCAUUCCCGCUGUCCUGUACAUGGAGAGAUGUGGUCGCCGCUUCUGGGCAUGUGCCACUCUUCCCGUCUUCUUCGUCGGUCUGAUCAUUGCUGGUGUCUCUCAAUACGCUGGUGGCCAAAACGCUCAGAUGGGUGUCUAUCUGACCGGUCUCGUCAUCUACGGUACGUGA